CUUUGCCAUAGUUUUCUUCGAUGCAGCAAAGUUACAGUUAAAUAGUAAAGUUAUGGCUACAAGGCAAAAAUCUAGAAUAUUUGAUGUUUCAAAUAUAUUUUCACCUAGUCAGGGUAGGAGAAAUCUGAUACGCAUAGAUGGAGAAUUUGGAACACCUAUCGAAAAUAUACUGCACAGAAGACCUUCUGUCGCAGCUGCAAUGCUCAGCUCAUGGAAUACGUCGACUUCUGUAGGUUAUGAUUUUCAAAAGUUACGGAACUCGUUAUCACAGAAUGACAUGAAAUCCACAAACAACUUUGUCUACCAUAAACCACCGCACACCCCAUUAUCCAGCAGACGACAAUGCCAUACCAGCAAACUGAGACGGAGAAAUGCAAUGACAAGGGCUGACGUCCGAUUGGCAAAGUUAAAAUACUGCGAAAGUCAAGCCCAUCUCAGCCAAGUACCCAGUUCUGAGCGCAUGGAAUGCCUCGUGAUACCGAAUCCUAUUCUAGACUCAGUUUCCACUAAUUCAAAAAGCCAAAUGAAAGCUUCAACAAAAGCCGAGUUUGCGUAUUUUUCUAACGCAUCCUGGGAAGACAGAAAGCGGUCAAUCCAGCACACACAACAGCAAAUUCGGGAAAUAAAGCGAUACAAGCGAUCCCCAAGUUUUUUCAAAAAUUUGAUCACAAAAUUUAAACCUAAAAGACGAGGAGACGGAUAUUCGAUGCAGCAGAAUAAUAUGGAAUCAAUGAGGAGUGAACAUUUCUUAACACUGUGGCAGAAUAGAGUAUCUAAUGACAUUGAUCGAACAAAAUCUACGUCGAGAAUGUGUCGUGGAAAACUGUCAUCCCCCGUAACUCCCAGAGUGGUGAAACGAACAUUUACAGACUCUAGACUGAGAGGAAGACGACCAUCUCAAGAAUCUUUGUCAAUGGGAUAUUGUUUGAAAACACUCUUACAAGACAAAAAAUUCAGCAAAAAUUUCCACGACUUUUUAGUUGGAGAGUUCAGUGAAGAAAAUUUGGAUUUUUGGCUUGAUUGCGAAUCUUAUAAAAAGAAGAAAGAAGAAAAACUAAAAAAGAACGCAAAUAAAAUUUAUAAUCAGUAUUUGGUACCCGGAACCUUAAAAGAGGUAAAUGUCGACUCUGAGAUAAGAGCACGAGUGGAAUGCGAACUUUUCAAUCCAAGGCGAACUACAUUUGAUCAAGCUCAGAACCAAAUCUAUAAAUUGAUGAUGACCGAUUCGUUCCCUCGAUAUCUUGAAAUCUCGAGAAUGUUGGUGGGAAACGAGUACUUGGCCAAGUUCAAUAUGUUUCAGCAAGAAAACGCUAAUUGUCAUUUGAAUAAUAUGAAAAAAUAUCAAUCUUCAUCAAACUGCAGACCAAAAUGGAAAUCUGCGGAUGAUUUUAUUUAUGUCGAUUCAUUACUAGCUUCGUCAAUAUUUGCUGCAACUAGGACGACAAAUCAGCAGAACAUGAGACAAAGAUCUUCGUCUCGACACGAACAAAGAAAAAGGCUCGCCAGAGUUUGCCCACGUGCUCGUUCCAGCACUCCAACUAGGAGAAGAAUGAUUUUUAAAAAUGCUAUUAAAAGUGAAUCAACGUACGUUUCCAUUGAUAUUUUGAAUAAAAAGAUUUCUGAAAUGGAGAAGGGCGAAAAGCGGACCUAUACGUCUAAUUGGUAUAUACCGGAAAAAUCAGAUAAAAAAAAUAAUGACGGUAACAAUGGGAAAAUCAAACAUAGUCACAGAAUAGCAGUCGUUUGUAAGAGAGCAAAAUCAGCAUUCGAAAAAAUCAAAUCAGCAAAGCGUAGAAGUAACUUUGGAGGUAUAAAAACGUCGAAACCCAGAUUAAGUUCUGCUCUUUCUGGUUCUGUCAAAAACAUCAUUGCCAAACAAUUAAUCGAGGCUGGAAUCAAAGGAAACAGUGCAACAGUUGGAACUACAAACGUCAUUUGUAAACGUAAAGAACUUUGUAUUGCCAGCAAAGCUUUAACCAAUGAACAUAAAAUGGGAGAAAUAGUUUCUUCCAAAAAAUCUCAUGUAGCCCGCGUCGCUAAACGAGAGAUGAAGACAGUAAAAUCAUGUGAUAAUAUUUUAUUGGAUUCGUCUGCACAAACGAAGAUUCCCGAUAUGAAUUUAAUGUUUUCAGUUGCACAUUUCGGAAGUUUCAACGAGUCUAAUCAGAAAAAGACAAAUCUUCAAGAUACUCUUAGCGACGAAGAUGGUCUCAAGAAUUUUCGAAAAUUUCUUCGAUCGGAAUUCAGCGAAGAAAAUCUUGAUUUCUGGAUUAGAUGCGUUGCUUACAAACGAAUUAAAUCUCCGAGACACAGAUGGCAAGAAAGCAGACAAAUAUAUAAUGAAUUUUUAGCUCCCAACGCACCCAAAGAGGUUAAUCUGGAUUCAAGAGUGAAACAAAACGUGAAAAGAAACAUUGAGUGUCCAAACGAAUUCACGUUUGAUGAAGCUAAAUGCUGCGUUUUUUAUCUUAUGGAGACAGAUUCGUUCCGGAGAUUUUCCAAGUCGCGUAGACAUAGUAUUGAUAUGAUUUUGUAAACUUGAUUACUUCAUUAUUUAUUUCAUGCAAUCACUGUGAAAUUUUUAUUGAAAUAGUUCCAAUUAUAUUGUUACGUGUUUUAAAAUAAAGAUAUAUUUAUAUAUAUAUA